AUGGCUAGCUGCGGUGCCAGGCACUCCUGGCCUUUUGUGUUAGCCUGUAAGUACUGGGCGCCCCACAUCAAGAAGAAGUCUCCUUUUGAUAUAAAGGUUAUUGAAGAUAUAUAUGAGAAGGAGAUCGUCAAAUCAAGGUUUGCCAUCAGAAAGAUAAUGCUGCUGGAAUUUAGCCAAUACCUCGAGAACUAUCUCUGGAUGAAUUACUCUCCAGAGGUGUCCAGCAAGGCCUACUUGAUGUCCAUCUGCUGCAUGGUGAACGAGAAGUUCAGAGAAAACGUCCCUGCAUGGGAGACGUUUAAGAAGAAGCCGGAUCACUUCCAGUUCUUUUUCAAGCGCAUCCUGACAGCGGCACUGGCUGAGACGGACGGCGACUUCUCCCUCCACGAGCAGACAGUGCUGCUGCUGUUCCUGGACCACUGCUUCAACAGCCUGGAAGUGGACCUGAUCCGAAGCCAGGUUCAGCAGCUCAUCUCCCUCCCCAUGUGGCUCAGCCUGCAGCCCGCACGGCUGGAACUGGAAUUAAAGAAGACACCUAAGCUCAGGAAAUUCUGGAACCUGAUUAGAAAGAAUGAUGAGAAGAUGUCUGCGGAAGCGAGGGAACAGGCCUACCGAGAAAGGAGAUUUCUUUCACAGCUCAUCCAGAAGUUCAUCUCCGUGCUGAAGUCAAUCCCACUUUCUGAGCCUGUCACAAUGGACAAAGUUCAUUACUGCGAGCGGUUCCUCGAGCUGAUGAUCGAUCUGGAGGCCCUGCUCCCCACCAGGCGCUGGUUCAACACCGUCCUGGACGACUCCCAUCUCCUGGUUCACUGCUACCUCUCCAACCUCGUGCGCAGGGAGGAGGACGGCCACCUCUUCUCCCAGCUUUUAGACAUGCUUAAGUUCUACACCGGGUUUGAGAUUAAUGACCAGACGGGAAAUGCGCUUACUGAGAACGAGAUGACCACCAUUCACUACGACCGAAUCACUUCCCUGCAGAGAGCCGCCUUUGCACACUUCCCGGAGCUCUACGACUUCGCCCUCUCCAACGUGGCAGAAGUGGACACGCGCGAGUCCUUGGUCCGGCUCUUCAGCCCCCUGAGUUCCAACACCCUCCACCAGGUGGCAUCAUACCUCUGCUUGUUGCCAACCCUUCCUAAGGACGAAGACACCACCUUUGAUAAAGAAUUUCUUCUGGAAUUGCUGGUCUCUCGCCACGAGCGCCGGAUCUCCCAGAUUCAGCAGCUGAACCGGAUGCCCCUGUACCCAACGGAGAGGAUCGCGUGGGACGAGAACAUCGUCCCGACCGAGUACUACUCUGGGGAAGGUUGCCUUGCUCUUCCCAAGUUGAAUUUGCAGUUUCUGACUCUACAUGACUACCUCCUGAGGAAUUUCAACCUCUUCCGCUUAGAAUCCACAUAUGAAAUUCGUCAGGACAUCGAGGACAGCGUCAGCAGAAUGAAGCCAUGGCAGUCUGAGUAUGGUGGUGUCGUGUUUGGUGGUUGGGCACGAAUGGCCCAGCCCAUUGUGGCUUUCACGGUCGUCGAGGUUGCCAAACCCAAUAUCGGUGAGAACUGGCCAACCCGGGUCCGAGCAGACGUCACCAUCAACCUCAACGUCCGAGACCACAUCAAAGACGAGUGGGAAGGUCUCCGUAAACAUGACGUAUGCUUUUUAAUUACCGUGCGUCCCACAAAACCUUAUGGGACCAAAUUUGACCGGAGGCGACCUUUUAUCGAGCAGGUUGGCCUGGUUUAUGUCCGCGGCUGUGAGAUCCAGGGCAUGCUAGAUGACAAAGGGCGUGUCAUCGAGGACGGACCAGAACCCAGACCCAAUCUUCGAGGGGAGUCCAGGACAUUUAGAGUAUUUUUAGACCCCAACCAGUACCAGCAGGACAUGACCAGCACAAUCCAGAAUGGAACGGAGGAUGUGUACGACACGUUCAACGUGAUCAUGAGGAGGAAACCCAAGGAGAACAACUUCAAGGCGGUGCUGGAGACCAUACGGAACCUGAUGAACACCGACUGUGUGGUGCCUGACUGGCUGCACGACAUCAUUCUGGGCUAUGGGGACCCGAGCAGCGCCCACUACUCAAAAAUGCCCAACCAGAUCUCCACCCUUGACUUCAACGACACUUUUCUCUCCAUCGAACACUUGAAGGCCAGCUUUCCCGGUCAUAAUGUCAAAGUGACUGUGGACGACCCCGCUCUGCAGAUCCCCCCGUUCAGGAUAACGUUCCCGGUACGAAGUGGAAAAGGGAAGAAAAGGAAAGAUUCUAAUGGGGACAACGAAGACACUGAGGAAGCAAAAACUCUGAUUGUGGAGCCUCACGUCAUCCCUAACCGGGGCCCGUACCCUUACAACCAGCCCAAACGCAAUACCAUUCAGUUCACUCACACACAGAUAGAGGCCAUCCGUGCAGGAAUGCAGCCCGGGCUGACUAUGGUUGUAGGCCCACCUGGCACAGGAAAAACAGACGUGGCCGUCCAGAUCAUCUCCAACAUCUACCACAACUUCCCCGAGCAGAGGACUCUGAUUGUCACUCACUCCAACCAGGCCCUAAACCAGUUGUUUGAGAAAAUUAUGGCUUUGGACAUUGACGAGCGCCACCUGCUGCGUCUUGGUCAUGGAGAAGAAGAGCUGGAGACAGAGAAGGACUUCAGCAGGUAUGGGAGAGUAAAUUAUGUCCUGGCUCGAAGAAUAGAACUUUUGGAAGAAGUUAAGCGAUUGCAGAAGAGCCUGGGGGUUCCUGGAGAUGCUUCGUACACCUGUGAGACCGCGGGGUAUUUCUUCUUGUAUCAGGUGAUGUCUCGCUGGGAGGAGUACAUGAGCAGAGUGAAGAGCAAAGGGGGCGCGCUGCCCGAGGUGGCCGAGGUGGCCGCUUGCUUCCCUUUCCACGAGUACUUUGCCAACGCACCUCAGCCUAUCUUUAAAGGCAGAUCUUACGAGGAAGACAUGGAGAUUGCUGAGGGAUGCUUCAGGCAUAUUAAGAAGAUCUUCACGCAGCUUGAGGAGUUCAGAGCCUCCGAACUGCUUCGCAGUGGCCUGGACAGAUCCAAGUACCUUCUGGUGAAGGAAGCAAAAAUCAUUGCUAUGACCUGCACGCACGCUGCCUUAAAACGACACGACCUGGUCAAGCUAGGCUUCAAGUAUGACAACAUUUUAAUGGAAGAGGCCGCUCAGAUUCUGGAAAUAGAAACGUUUAUACCACUUCUUCUGCAGAACCCGCAGGAUGGCUUUAGUCGACUGAAACGAUGGAUCAUGAUUGGUGACCACCACCAGCUGCCCCCAGUCAUCAAGAACAUGGCCUUUCAGAAGUACUCCAACAUGGAGCAGUCCCUCUUCACCCGCUUUGUGCGGGUCGGGGUUCCUACUGUGGACCUCGAUGCGCAAGGGAGAGCCAGGGCCAGCCUGUGCAACCUGUACAACUGGCGAUACAAGAACCUAGGGAACUUACCCCACGUGCAGCUCUUGCCGGAGUUCAGUACCGCAAACGCUGGCUUGCUCUAUGACUUCCAGCUCAUCAACGUGGAGGAUUUCCAGGGAGUGGGAGAGUCGGAACCGAAUCCGUACUUUUACCAGAACCUCGGGGAGGCAGAGUACGUGGUUGCGCUGUUCAUGUACAUGUGCUUGCUCGGCUACCCGGCAGACAGAAUCAGUAUUCUAACAACGUACAACGGGCAGAAGCACCUUAUCCGCGACAUCAUCAACAGGCGGUGUGGGAAUAACCCGCUCAUCGGGAGGCCAAAUAAGGUGACAACUGUGGAUAGAUUUCAAGGCCAACAGAAUGACUACAUCCUACUGUCUUUAGUGCGGACCAGGGCGGUGGGCCAUCUAAGGGAUGUCCGUCGCUUAGUGGUGGCCAUGUCCAGAGCCCGACUCGGGCUCUACAUCUUCGCCAGAGUCUCCCUCUUCCAGAACUGCUUCGAACUGACCCCAGCUUUCACCCAGCUCACCGCCCGCCCGCUCCAUCUGCACAUCAUUCCUACAGAGCCGUUCCCAACAGCCAGGAAGAAUGGAGAGAGGCCACCUCAUGAAGUACAGAUCAUAAAGAACAUGCCUCAGAUGGCAAACUUUGUGUACAACAUGUACAUGCAUUUGAUACAGACCACACAUCACUACCAACAGACCUUCUUACAACUGCCACCUGCCAUGGUAGAAGAAGCUGAGGAGGUUCAGACCCCAGACGUGGAGUUGGAAACUGAGGAAGAGGCCUUGGCUGCUCAAGGUGACAUCAUCCCCAGCCCAACAGAUGCCAGCUCCAGCAAGGAGACCCUGGCCCCUCAGCCCGAGGAGCCCCCUUGUCAGGCAGAAGCCGGCUCUGCUCCUGUGGCAGGAGGCCCCUCCCAGAGUCCCGCCGAGCCCCAACUGGACCCCCCAGUUAACCCUUCUGAGGAGGGGGCGUCCAAGGACUAAGCACUUCUUGAAUUUUAUGCUGCACAGCUAUCGUGGCACACCUGUUCAGUCCUUAUUUCUGUGACCUGAUCACUCCCUGUCUUGUAUAUAUGUAUAUCAACAACUCGGAUUUCAUUUGUUCAGUUACAAGAGCAAAUAACCUAUUCCUUUGAUAUUUGUUCACUGAAUUUUCUAUAAUCACACAUUAAAAUGAUUUUCUAUAGA